AAAAAAUAGCUAAAAAUCAAAUCGGGCAAAAUAUAUAGUAACUCGGUCUCACACAACUAGUGCAAAAAAAGAGAAACAAAAAAAACUCAAAUAGUCCAGCCACCUUAACUAGCUAAAACGCCGCCAAAAUGCUUCCGUUCCGGCGUGGAGCGGCCUGGCAAACGCUUUUCCUGCUCUGCGCUCUUGCCUAUUGCAUCAAUGUGGUCAGCAGCGAGGGUCGCGUGGUGUGCUAUUACACCAAUUGGAGUGUCUAUAGACCAGGCACAGCCAAAUUUAAUCCACAGAAUAUAAAUCCAUAUUUGUGUACACAUUUGGUUUACGCAUUUGGUGGAUUCACCAAGGAUAAUCAAAUGAAGCCCUUCGACAAGUAUCAGGAUAUAGAGCAGGGUGGCUAUGCCAAAUUCACUGGGCUUAAAACCUACAACAAACAAUUAAAGACCAUGAUUGCCAUCGGAGGCUGGAAUGAGGCGAGUUCACGUUUCUCUCCGUUGGUGGCCAAUCCGGAGCGUCGCCAGCAGUUCAUUAAGAAUAUAUUGAAAUUCUUGCGACAAAAUCAUUUCGAUGGCAUUGAUCUAGAUUGGGAAUAUCCAGCUCAUCGUGAGGGUGGCAAGUCCCGAGAUCGCGAUAAUUAUGCCCAAUUCGUUCAGGAGCUGAGAGCAGAAUUUGAACGGGAGGCGGAGAAAACUGGACGAACACGUCUUCUGCUCACCAUGGCCGUGCCCGCGGGCAUUGAAUACAUUGACAAGGGUUAUGAUGUGCCAAAAUUGAAUAAAUAUCUGGAUUGGUUUAAUGUUCUCACCUAUGAUUUCCAUUCGUCGCAUGAGCCAUCGGUUAACCAUCACGCUCCAUUGUAUUCACUUGAAGAGGACUCUGAAUACAAUUACGAUGCUGAGCUUAAUAUUGACUAUUCUAUUAAAUAUUACCUAAAGGCUGGAGCUGAUCGUGAUAAGUUGGUUUUGGGUAUACCCACAUAUGGUCGUUCCUACACAUUGAUCAAUGAAGAAAGCACAGAACUGGGUGCCCCAUCCGAAGGGCCUGGCGAACAGGGUGAUGCCACAAGAGAAAAAGGCUAUUUGGCCUAUUAUGAGAUCUGUCAAAAUCUAAAAGAUGAUCCUGAAUGGACUAUAGUUCAGCCAAAUGCCAAUGUGAUGGGACCAUAUGCCUAUAGACGCAAUCAAUGGGUUGGCUAUGACGACGAGGCAAUUGUACGCAAAAAGGCCGAAUACGUGGUUGCCCAGGGUUUGGGUGGCAUAAUGUUCUGGGCCAUUGAUAACGAUGAUUUCCGUGGCACAUGCAAUGGAAAACCAUAUCCAUUAAUUGAGGCAGCCAAAGAGGCUAUGAUUGAGUCUUUGGGAUUGGGUAUCAAUGAGGUGGCCAAAUCGAGUGGACCUCAAAAGCCAUCACGUUCACGUAGCCGCACAGAUAAUGGCAGCACCACCAGAAAUCGUUUGAAUUCUAAACCCGCUGUGGGAAGCACAAGACGUCCCACAAGUGGAUCAUCUGGACGACGUCCAGCUGCCAGUUCCACGCCGACAACAACAACAACAACAAAUGCCCCACCAAGCACCAACAUACGUUUGACUGAAGCUGAGGGUUCAUCUCUCUACAUAGGAGGACGUGCCUCGACCACACCACCACCACCCACCACACCCGAUCCGGGCUCUGAUUUCAAGUGUGAAGAGGAAGGCUUUUUCCAACAUCCCAGGGAUUGUAAGAAAUACUACUGGUGUCUGGAUAGUGGUCCAUCUGGUUUGGGUAUUGUGGCUCAUCAGUUUACUUGCCCAUCGGGAUUGUAUUUUAAUCCGGCAGCUGAUUCCUGUGAUUUUGCCCGCAAUGUGCCAUGCAAGACUAAAAAAUCGACAACUGCUGCACCACAAACCUCGCCGAUCCCAACUACUACAGUGAGAACAAAUCGUGUGACAGCUGCCCCACCCGCAGUGGCACGGCCCAUUUAUCCACGCACCACCACCACAACGACCAGCACCACAACAACAACGACCACACGGCCAUCCACCAUUGAUGACGAAUCGGAAUAUGAAGAGGAGGCUGACGCUGCUGUUGAUGAUGCUGAUGAUGAUGAAGCCAGACGACAACCCGUCAAAUCCAAGGACGCAGAAGAAGACCCUCAGGUCAUUAAAGAGCUAAUCGAUCUCAUUCGCAAAGUGGGUGGCGUUGAGCAACUGGAGAAGCAUUUGUUGCGCAACAAAGACGGAUCGAUUACAUUGAAAGAGAACUCCUCCAUUGGCAAUGCGGGAGGAGCUGCCACCACACCAUCGACCAUUAGUAAAUCGCUCUACGAUCGUGUGCUAAGUCGUCAGGGUACUCUAAGUUCUCUAACCCGUAAGCAAUCUACGUUCAAAGUAAAUAGUGAACCAACGACUGAAACUACCACAACGACUGCAAGUCCGGAUAGCAACUAUUCCAAAUACUCAUCCGUUUUGAGGGGUAACAGUCGACAGGGUCCACAGAAUGAGGGUAUUGAAAAACUAUCCGAAUUCGAUGGUUUUCUCAAAGAGCGUAAGGAAUAUGUCACAAUCAAUCGGAAUCGAAAUGCCAAUAAAUCUGGUUCAACAAAAACUCGCCAAGAUGAGCAAGAUGAAGAUGUCGAAGAGGAAGAAGGUGAAGAACUGCAUGCAGAGGCUAAAGAAGAAGAACCAGAGACAAGCACUAGAAGGCCAUACAGUCCACCAACUCCUUCAUAUACCAGCCUGCGACGCACUCGACCCAGCACAGUGGCCCCGGCUGACCCCGAGGAGGAGCCAGAACAAGAAAGAAAGCCAAUCAAAUCCUAUUCCACAUUAGGCAAUACACGUGGACGAACUACCGAGAAACCAGAGACGCCAACCACCUUGGCAACGGGAACGGAAUCAGCUUCAAGUUUAUCAACUAAUCGGUACAAAUAUUUUGAACGCACCAGACCGACCAAGAGUACAACGAUAUCGGCAUCGUCUGAUGAUACUGAAGAGGAUGAUGAGGAAUAUGAUGAGGAGCCGCAACAGCAGCAACAACAGCAAAAUGUAACGAAUCGUUAUCAAUUGAGCCGCACACCAACAUCAGCAACCCCACCACCACCACCACCACCACCAACAACAACAGCAAGAACAUCAAGCACACCCACACCAAGCCGUUUGCCCUUUGGCUCACGGAAACGUGUUCAGGUAACUGAAAUAAACCAUACCCAGUCAGAUGAUGAUGAGAAUGAUGAAGUAGAAGCCGAGCAAGAUGAUGAUGAUGAUGAUGAUUACGAUAGUGACGAAAAGAGCACCACCGCAACCACCACCACUAAGACACCGACUGCGCCCACACCAAGACGUAUACGUGUACUUAAAUAUCGCCGACCAUUGCAGAUAAAUAAUAGCAAUAAUAUAACUAGUUUGAACAGCACCACCACUUUGAAUAGCGCCACUAAUAUUAACCAAGACACUUCAACAACAACAACAACAACAAGCAACACCACAACCACCAACAAUAACAACAACAACACCACUGUCAUUUCACCCACAAAACGUUUCCGUAAAAUUGUCCGUAAACUAAGACCCGUAGAGACAAGCUCUGAGAAGAUUAACUCGAACGAUGAGGAGAAAUUAGGAGAAACCACUCUCAAUAGCACAGCCACCACCACCACCACCACCACACGGAAGCCAUUUGUGCCAAAGCGUAGUCGUUUCAAUGCCGGACAAGAUGAAGAUUCAAAUGAUUUACUUAGCAUACGUAAUCGUCUCAAGGAACAGCAAGCCCGUGGUGAGCCGUUGGAUGGUGUAAUCAAUAGCCGCCUUAAUGGUCAGGCACGUGACGAUUUAGCCGGAGAUGCCGGCAAUGCAUCCGAUUUGCAACGCUUGAGAAAUAAAGUCAGGAUUGAACAAGCCCGCGGUGAUGGUGAUGAUGGUGUUAUCAAUGAUAGACUAAAGAAACUCUUGAGUGAGAAAUCUCAGAAUGUCAAUACAACAGUUGACGUGGCAUCUCCGUCCUCUCCGGCGAAACGUCCUGUGUUCCGUCGCAAAUUAGUGGCCAAGCGCCCGGUGAAUUCGCCUGUGCAAGGCCAAAGCCUUACAACAAAGGCGCCGUCUUUGAUCUUUAAUAGUACACGACCCACACGCAAAUUUGUGCGUCGAAAGAAUGGCCGUUUCGAUCCAUUCAAUUCGAGUGUAAAGAAUACGGGUGAAGGUUUUGUGCGCAGUGAUCCCAGAGGAGCACGUCUUCCGGGCACACAGCGUUUUAAGCAACAGCAAAGACCAAAGAACGGCGAAGGCGAAGAAGAUGAUGAUGAAGAAGAUGGUGACUAUGACGAAGCCGAGCCAGAAGAAGAGCCACCUCAAGUGGUGGCAAUAAAACGGCCAUUUGCCUUGUCCAAACCGAUUAAGUCGCAGCAAUCGCAGUCAGAGAUCAGUAAGUCGAAAGUAAAAGAAGAGAAGCAAGAAAGCGGGGAAGAAGAUGACGACGACGACGACGAUGACGAAGAUGAUGAUGACGAUGCGGAUGGUAAUGAAGUCGAAGAGACAACAGAGGCACAUGCCAAACCCGCCUAUAAGCCCAAAGAUAAUCGUAUACCACCCGGCAGUCGGCCCAGCUAUACACCAACUGGUCCCGGAACAACAGGCUCUGGCAAUGUACCCUAUAACCCACGCAAUCGCCCAUAUAGUUCAAGUACCGGUUCUCGUUUCGGUACUAGUGGUAGUAGUAGCAGUAGCACUAGUAGUAGUAAUGGUAGCAGUAGUACCAAACGUCCCCGUGUCAUCAAUCGUCCACCGGGAGUGGCUACACCAAACCUAACAUUGCGCCCGGUGGCUAAUGAUUAUGAGCGAACCACACCAUUGACACCUCUCAAACCGGCACCAUUUAUACCGAGCAACACACGAAGCUAUGAAAGAAAAUACACGGGUCCAUCGACCACAGAGACAAGCGAGACGGCCAAUGAGAAUUCGUUGAUUGAAGACCUGAAUAUUGAUGCGCUGAAUGCACGAAAUAAGAAAAUCUUUAAGAUCAAUAGCAAGAAGCACACAACGCUCAAGCCCAAGGUGGUGGUCAGUCAAGGGCAGGACAAUAGCCUCGAGCAGGGCUUUUUGACAACUACACCACAGUCAGCACCACAACCACCACAACCACCACCACCACGAUCACCAAACACACCAUCAACAUCAACAUCGACACAAGAACAACAAUCCAACAACACUGAAAACACUGAACUCGAUAGCGUUACCGAAACCGAUACUGAAUCCACUGACAAUGCUAAUGCAUCUUCAAUCCCACAGGAUGAUGGCUCAUGGACGACGCCUCAGCCACCGCCAGCCACCACCUUGUUGCAUGUCUUCACGCUGCUCGAUAGCGAUGGCGAUGAUUCGCAAUUGAAGCCCACACGGCGACCAUCUCUGGCCGCCAAUCUGCCAACCAAAACCACCGAAGUGGAGCCCAAGCACAAGCUAAUUGAGAUCAAUCGCAUUGUCGAAAUCAAUUCAAAACAGGCCAAGGCUGCCCAACGCAAAUCGAAGGCCAAUCAGGACUUUGGCACAUUGCGUGUGGAAUCUCUGCCGCAUGUCGAGCAGCUAGGUGAGAUAAGUGUGGUAAAAUAUGUCCAUUUGGUCGACGGCAGUGCUAUACAAAUAAACGAUGGCCAUAGUACUGUAGCGGAUUAUACGCCCACUGAACCGACAGUAUAUUAUAGCUCCAGUUCAACACCGGUGCGUAAUAGUCUGCCCCAGCAGGAGGAGGCCGAUUUAGAUGCCGAUCGUAGUGGUAAAUCAUUAUUGCCAGAGGUACUAAUUGGGGCAUUGGAGACUUCGACCAUCUCAUUGGAAGGUCUAUUUGAUUCGGCACGCAAGGGCAAACAGUUAAGUAGCAAUCAAAUACUAGGAGAGAUUGAAACCACAAGCAGCAGCAGCGACACCGCCACCACCACCACCACCACCACCACCACCACAACAGAUAGCGAUAGCAGUAGCAGUAACAACUUUGAGACAACCACAACAGCAACAACAACAACGCCACUGGCCAACACUUAUGUAAGACCAAUUGUUCCCCUUUUACGUCCCGAAUCAAAUGAAUCCUCACCUUUGGUAAUUUCUAUAGCCAAUCUUGAUAAGGUCAUAUUGAGUAAGGUACAAAAAUCAGAGUCUGAAUCUGAAUUAUCAUCGUCCGCAUCGUCGUCAGCAGCAGCAGCAUCAACAACAUCAUCGGAGGUUGAUAAUACCACCAUAAUGCCCGAUAAUGAUUCAAAUUCAGCAUUCUCUGUGCAACAUGCGGCGGUUAUACAAGCACCACAAGAUAAUUCUUUGGUGGAUCAACAUCAGACACUUGACAAUGGCACAAAUGAAAACAAUAUACUUAGAAAUGAUGAUGUUGAAGCAACAACAAUUGUUUAUCAACCGACAACAAUCAACAUUAACACUAACAACAAACAGGAAUCUCAAUCAAAUCAAAUCACAACAGCAACAACAACAAUAAACACUAACACUAACAGCAACAUCAACACCAACAACAUCAAUACAAAUGACCAACAAUUGCUCUUAAAUAGUGGCGCUAUUAGUGGCAACCAACAACAACAACAACAACAACAACAACAACAACAACAACAACAACAACAACAAAUAUUAACAACAACAACUAGCAAUAAUAAUGCCAGCAGCAUUAGCGAAAAAAUCAGUUAUAGUACUGAGACACAUGUGGUGCAUCGCAAAAAGCCACGUCGUGGGCGUGGUGGUCGUCGUUUAAAUCGGCGAAAGUCGUCGACAACAACAACAACAACAACAGCAACACCAGAAACACCCAUACCCACAACAACAACAACCACUGAAACGCCAUAAAGUUGUCAAAGCGUUAAUUGUAGUUAAUUAUUUCUAGUCUUAUACAGAAACAAAAAAAAGAAAGAAAAAAAAACACAAAAAUUGAUAAGCCUAAUCAACUGCCAUCCAUGUAAAUAAUUGGCUGCGUUGCUUAUUUUUGCAAAAACAAAACAAAAAAAAAUUGCAUUGAU